GGAGAGAAAAUAAGAACAUGUCACUUCCCCCCCUUCAACUUGAAUGACAAGUAAGAAGGAAAUGAAUUUUGCUUCUUCACCUACCCACCUUAAUGAAUGAAUGACGGGAAUUUCCCCUUCUUGCUUGAAACGUUCUAGUUCAAAAUGGCGGAGAGAGCAAUUAUAUUUUCAUAACUAUGUGAUAGAAAUGGAUGCAAAAAUAGCACCUCAAGAGAAAAUCAGUUGCAUUGUAAAGUGCAGUAAAAGUAUUUUCAGUUUAAUAAACCUUCAAGGUAUCACAGCUAGUGCUGAUGAGUUUCUACCUACCAUGGUGUACAUUGUUCUGAAAGCAAAUCCUCCAUUGUUGCAAUCCAACAUCAAGUAUAUUACUAGUUUUAGUCUCCCACCUAGACUAAGAAGUGGUGAAGGAGCUUACUUCUUUACAAACCUUGUAAGUUAUCUAAUUUAACUUAAAUUACUAUAA